AUGGGUAUGAUUAUGCAAGAGAGUUUCAAAUGGCCUUCAUAUCAACCAUUUCCAAACGGACUGGGAAAAUCUACUUUAGAGCUUCAUUUCCUGACCAAAUGGCCCAGAUUAGCGCUUCUGACUACUACUACUACUACUACUACUACUACUACUACUACUACUACUACUACUACUACUACUACUACUACUACUACUACUACUACUACUAAUUAA